AAUAUUUUUAUUCACUUCAGAGUCGACUAUAUAAACGGAUACUAAUAUAACAGGAGAUAUAAUAAGCAAUAAAACCUUUUUAAUAUAUUUUCCUUCUAAUUAUAAUUCUAACGGACUUGUUUUGGACACAAAGAUAUACUGAUACAUAUAAAUUCACUGAAUAUUAGACAGUAAAGUGGAUCUGAUUACUUUCGUCAAAUAAAAAACUUCUUGACUUUCAAUGGGUAUAGAACUUGGUUUAGGCUUUUUGGAUCGAAUAUCUGGUGCAAGGAAUGGAGCAUUUUUACAUUUGGAGGAUUUCGCCGAUAGAUUGAACCAUUUUUUCAGUUGUGCUAUCAUUCUAAUGCUUUCUGGUGUGACAAUGGCAAAUGUGUAUUUUCUAAGACCAAUAGCUUGUACCCUGCCUACAGCACCAGAGAAUAAAUUCAAUGAAUUCGCUGAAUCUGUCUGCUGGGUACGUGGUACAGUGGCAUUACGCGAAAGUGAUCAAACACCAACGACUGAUGAAGACUGGGAAAUACUACGUACAAAAGCUGAUAUGUCCUUCUAUCAAUGGGUUCCAUUUUGCUUAUCAAUCCAGGGAAUAUUGUUCUUUCUACCUCAUUUCGCUUGGCAGACAUUCGCCACACAUCUAAUGGGUGGAAAUCUAGAAGCGAUUUUAGACAUGGCGUAUAAGGCCAAUGCAGCUGAUGACAAUGCCAAACGUCAAAAAUUUGUUGAAUCAGCUGCCUACCACCUGUUUCGAUUAGGACGUCAGCAUUUCGAUUAUCGAUCAAGUCGAUGGGCACAACUUCAACACAAAAUGUCACAUAUGUCUGGUGGAUCACUACUGAUUGCUGGAAAACGCAUGGGAAAUUGUAUAUCACUGGCAUACAUCUUUGUAAAACUAUUGUAUUUAACUAAUCUAUUCGGCCAGUUGUACAUAAUACGUACAUUUUUAGGUUAUCAUGGAAAUUUAUUUUCAUUUGGUCAACGGUUAAUUGGAACACUUACAUCAAGACAUGAAUGGACUGAAAGUGAAUUCUUUCCACGUCAAACCUAUUGUCCAGUGCAUGUUCGUCAUCUUGGUUCUAAGAAUAAUGUAUUCACUGCAAUCUGUGCACUGCCUGUAAAUAUGUUCAAUGAAAAAAUUUACAUAUUUUUAUGGUUAUGGAUUGCUGUUGUCAGCAUUAUAACCAGCAUUAGUUUACUUGUAUGGUUAAUACGUUUAUCACUACAAAAUCGUCAAAAUGCCUACAUUCGUAAUUAUCUAAUUAUAUCAAUACACUCACAGAUAUUAGAUGCAUAUCAAAAUCAUAGUUUAACCUGUGAUGGUUGUAACAUUGACAUUGAUGAUCCGCGUAUUGAACACUUCAUCACAGAAUUUGUUAAAAAUGAUGGUUUCUUUUUAUUACGCAUGAUACGAAACAAUGCUGGUGAUGUAGUGACAGCGGAAAUUUUAAACCAGUGGUGGCAUAUGUUUAUUAAUUAUCAAAACGCCCGAUCGGAACGAGAGAAUCGACUGGAAUUAUUAAGGAGUGGCAAAGAUAUAACUGAGAAACAUUAUGGUUUUUCUGAAUUACAAGAUAAUAAUUCCAUGAUCGCUCCUACCGCACCAAUGGCAAGCAAUCCUAAUAAAUCCAAUGUCAAUUUUGUCUAAACUGAUGUAUUCAUCCAGUUGACAGUGAUUUGUAUAAAGUUGGAAUGUGUUUCCUAAACUCUGUUUGUAAUACGCAUUAUGUAGUCGAUGGUAUUUCCAUUUCUUUUUUAUAGAAGUAAUGAUCACCUUGAAGAUAAACAAAUUCUCUUGAAUAUUCUCUUAAAGACAGAUCCCAGUCUCUCUCUCACUCCCACUCUCUGCCUUCUCUGUCUAAAUUUAUUAUAUAAUGUAAACUUAGGAAUCAAAAGUGACGAGAUACUUCUUUUUUUUAAUUGAUUAUGUAAUCUUUUUUCACAUAGAGACCUACCUUUCCACCUAUGAUUUGAAAUAAAACAGA